AUAGGCUAGUUCUUGUUCGUUUAUCGGCGCCUGCUGUGCGCUCGCAAGGAUUGGAUACACUGUGACGAGUGCUGUGGCCAAAGCCUCUUCGGUCGCCAUUAAUCAUCUGGGCAAGACGCUAGUCAUUGCAGAGAUGCGGGUGCUGGGGACGUCGGGCUCACGAUGAGGGCCCGGAAAACGGGCUCCACCAGCCUCUUGUUGCUGGUGGCGCUCCAGAUAUUGGUCUGGCAUGACAUUCUCUGGUGCCAGGCACAAGACACUGUCACGCUGCGAGGCCACCUCAUUGUGAUUGACAUCGAUAUACCUGCGGGAGAGCGUGGCAGUGGCGUGCCUGCAGCCGACAAUACGCAUUACAUCCUGCGGACGGGCGUGCGGGAGGUCUGGCCGCUGCGUUUUCCCGAUGGCACGCAGCCGCCUGACCGGCUGGGCUCGGGCGCGCCCAUGGAGGUCCAGGUGUUGGUUGGCGAUGCAACCGACAACGGAGCGCAGGUAGUUGGCAGCUCAGCUCGGCGGCGACGUGCGCUGCACGCAGCGGCGCAGGUGGCGGAGGGCGGAAACGGUGGCAGCGGUAGUGCGGAUGCCGGCGAGGCGCCGCAGCACAUAGCAAACCUCGAGGCCGGGGCGGCCGGCGUGGGCUCAGGCUCGAUGGUUGAAGGCUCCGGCACUUCACAGCUACGGAAGCCUCGGCAGCAGCAGCGGCAGGGGUCACAGGCGUCGGGAGUGGAGGAGGCACUGGCGAAGCUGCAUGACCGGCGAAUGGGGCCGGCGGGAUCGCGCCAUAGAGCCAAGCCGCAGGCCACGCUUGAACCGGGUGCGAGCAAUGCCACGCUGCAGCAGGAGAGGCACGGCGUAGACGGCGCUUCCACCGGCAGCAGCAGCGGCAGCAGCGGCACUUCCGAGCAGCAGCCGGAGGAUGCUGCCGCCGCCAGGUUAGACCUAGAGUGGCUGCGGCGGCAUCGGCAGCAACGCCGCCGCCGGCAGCAGCAGGAAGUUGACCCUGGGGCAACCCUGGACGGCGGGAGUAGCAGUAGCGAUAGCGUUGGCAGUAGUAGCACCAGCACCGAUGGUGCUGUCAGUGGUGCGGUUGAAGAUGACAGUUUUGUAGACCGACUGACAGUGCUGUCGUGGCGGCUGCUGCCCACGCAAACCAAGCCGAAGUACUACCUGUCAGGUAGCAGCAGCACCACUGCCAGUCGCUCUGGCGACACGAGCGGCGCGCACCAGUUUGUGUACAACACGAACCGGCUGCGCAUGGAUGACGUCUCCACCGUCAUCUUCAUCACCAACAUGUGCGGCUACGGACCCGCCAUGACAGUGGAGGAGCUGGAGGCGCGCCUGUUCGGCACCGCCGAGCCCAGCUCGGAGGCCGACAUGAGCGUGCAGCGGUACAUGUCGUCUUGCUCCAACACACAGGCCACCUUCAGCCGCGAUAACGUGCUGAUUGUGGGCCCCGUGGAUCUGGACUGCGACGGUUCAACGUGGGACCUGGCCUGGUCCACUUCCUCCUGCUUCGAGAAUGACUAUGUGGGCUGGCAGUGGGCUGCGGAGGAGUGGGCGUACGGCCAAGACAUCGACAUCUCGAGCUACCGCCACCGUGUGAUCAUCACCUCACCCGGCAAAGCCAACUGGAUGACGGCCGGCGACCCGGAUUGCGCCUGGAGCGGCAUGGGGGUGCUGGGACCCGCGUACAACGCCGCCGGCGAGCAGAACAUGGACGGCACCGCCGUUUACUCGCAGGGCGUGUUCAGCUACGCCUGGGUGAGCGGCGACCACUGGGACCGGCCCCAGGGCUGGCUUCACGAGCUGGGUCACAACUACUACCUGCACCACGCCACAUCGCUGGGCUGCGGCAGCGCCUACUGCGACGACUCGUGCACCAUGGGCUACUGCUGCACGCCGCGCUGCUUCAACGCCCCACACAACUGGCAGGUGGGCUGGGACGACCCCACAGCGCUGCUGGGCGACUGGGACCUCUCGCCCGGCGUUGCCAACCGCUACACGCUGGUCAGCGGCCUGGGGCGUGACGCGGCGCCCGCACGCGUUCGCAGCGGCGCCGUGCUUCGCGUGGAGGCGGCCUGGGCCGGCGUCGACGACGGCGGUGUGGGCACGACGCUGUGGGUCAGCUACCGUGCCGGCGGAUCCGUGUACGACGAGCUGCCCGACGAGCUCACGGAUCGUGUGCUGAUCUAUUGGUACCCUGGAUCCGAUCCCAACGACGCGACCGUUACGGUGCGCCUGGCGGCGCUGGCGGAGGGCGAGGUUUGGCGCAACGACACGCUGCUGCUGUCGGUGACGCGCAAGGCGCCGUCGGGCGCCGGCGCCGCCGCGGCGGCGGCAGCUGGUGGCGGCGCGCAGGUGGUGCUGUGCCGCUACAGCGGUGACGUGGAGACGGAGUGUGGGGACGGCCUGGAUGACGACUGCGACGGCCUGAUCGACAUGGACGACCCGGAUUGCACCGAUGGUGUGGUGCAGCCGCCAGAUGCGCCAUCGCCGGUGGCUGAGCCUUCGCUUACGGACUCGCCGCCCCCAACUACGCCGGAGUCGCCGCCUCCCCUGGAGUCCCCGCCUCCCCCGCCGCCGCCGCCUCCUCCUCCCCCGCCGCCAUCGCCUUCACCGCAACCACCUUCGCCGCCGCCCAAGGCGCGGCCGCCCAAGACCCCCAACGCGCCCUCGCCGCCUGAGCCGCCCACGCCGCCCUUCAACCCACUGCAGCCGCCGGACACCCCGAACGCGCCGCCGGACGUCCCGCCACCCGGCGCGCCGCCGCCGGAUGCCCCUGACGCGCCGCCCGACGCACCACCGCUGGCGCCCCAGCGGCCACCGCUGGCCCCGGCGCCGCCGCUGCCGCCGCCGGCUGGGCCCGUGCUGCCCCUCAUUCCGCUGGCGCCGUCUGUGUACGAGCUGGCGCCGAACCGCCCGCCGCCGUUGCCCGCAAGCCCAGCCAGGCCGUCGAGCCCUACCGCUCCGCCGCCGCCGCCUUCGCCGCCGCCGUUUGCCUGGCCUGGCCUGUGCCUCACGGCGGCCUACAACGACGGCUGUAGCACGAAUACUGUGCCGCAGCCGCCGCUGCUUUCCUGCCCGGCUGCCGCCGCCGCCAACGGUAGUAGCAGCUCCUGCUACCUCACCGCGCUCAACGCCUCGCUCCUGAACGGCACGCUACAGCCCGGAUCCUUGGCGUCCUGCAACGGCCUGACAUCGCCUUCCGGCAAGUACCGCCUUGUCGUGCAGGACGACGGCAACCUGGUGCUGUACAACCUCCAAACGUCGCAGCCGGCGGCGGCUCCCGCCGUACAGUGGGCAAGCAACACGACAGGUGUGGCGGCGGCGGCCGGACCCGUGGUUCUGAAGCUCUGGCUCAACGGAACCCUGGGUCUGGUUUGGUACCGGCGCGACGCCAAGAGCGCCACCGGCUGGCGCGUGGCGGCGGUACGGAAUACGGCUCCUAACGGUGGGCUGCAAGGCGGCGUUUACGGCGGUGGCGCGGCGGGCGCCGCGAAUGGCCCGUUCGCACUCAAUGUGCGCGACGAUGGCCGCGCGUACGUGCAGAACAAGGCUGGCGCCGUGGUUUGGGCCACAUCUGACCCCGGCGGCCCUGCAGCGUUCUCGGCGAUUGGUGCACCCGUGUGCAUCGCACCGCCGCCACCGCCCCCAAUGCCCCCGCGGCCUCCGCCCUCGCCGCCAAGCCCGCCACCUGCUCCGCCAGCGCCUCCCGCGCCCCCCUCUCCUGCGCCUCCGGGCCCUGCGGCACCCGGCACCCUGAUGCCACCAUCGCCCGCUUCCCCCUCUCCGCCCUCACCUCCCUCGCCCUCGCCGCCCCCAAGCCCUAAGCCGCCCAGCCCCAAGCCGCCGCGGCGGCCUCCCAGCCCCAAGCCACCGGCUGCCAAGCCGCCCAGCCCUUCACCUCCCAGUCCAGCGCCGCCCAGCCCUGUUUACGGCGGGCCUCUUCCUCCUGUGCUGUCAGUGCCGUCGCCUUCUUCGCCAUCCCCAUCUUCGUCUUCGUCGCCAUCCCCCGAUCCGUCGCCUUCCCCCGCACAAGUUGUGCCGGCCAGUCCCGAACUAAGCAAUCCCGAGCUGUCGCCGUCUCCGGAGCCACCCAGCCCGGUGCCUCCCUCGCCGUCGCCGCCCAGCCCGGAGCCGCCCAGCCCGGAGCCGCCCAGCCCGGAGCCGCCCAGUCCGGAGCCGCCCAGCCCGGAGCCGCCCAGCCCGGAGCCGCCCAGCCCGGAGCCGCCCAGCCCGGAGCCGCCCAGCCCGGAGCCACCCAGCCCGGAGCCGCCCAGCCCGGAGCCGCCCAGCCCGGAGCCGCCCAGCCCGGAGCCACCCAGCCCGGAGCCGCCCAGUCCGGAGCCGCCCAGCCCGGAGCCGCCCAGCCCGGCGCCACGCACACCAGUAUCCCCACCACCGCCCAGGGCGGCGGUCGCCAAGCUGAGCGCACCUCCUCUGGUGUUCGCUCCGCAGCCUCCGUCGCCUCCGUCUCCGUCACCACCCUCGCCGCCCCUGCCGGUCCCGGCGACGCCGUCGCCGGUGGCAUCCCCGCUACCGUCGCCGGUGCCGUCGCCAUCGCCACUGGUGGCAUCCCCGCUACCGUCCUCGCUACCGCCGCCGGUGCCAUCGCCGCCCCAAGCUGCGUCCCCCUCUCCCUCUCCCACCGCGACCUCCUCGCCUGCGCAGCUGCCGGCAGUGCCCAGCCCCGCCAUCAGCUCGCCACCGCUGCCCGCGCCAUCGCCGAGUCAGACAGCGUCCAGCCCGGCCGUCGCCACGCCGUCGCCGUCAGCGUCUCCGCCGCCCCCAACGGCUGCGGUGCCGGCCUCGUCCUCGCCCAGCCCCACCAACGCCAACGCCACGGGUGGGGCGCCCGCGGCAGUGGCGACGUCCCGCGCGCCAUCGCCUCCCAACAGCCAGCAGCGGCGCAGCCUGCAGAGUGCCAAGGCGCAAGCGGCUGUGGCUUCUGAGUCUUGGGCGGCAGAAGCGGUUGGAGGCGAUGACGAGGCCUGAGGCGGCAGCGCGUGGAGCCAGGCGCGGAUACAUAUGCAAGGGACCAAGAUAGAAGAGAUGCAGGUCAUGCGCUCAGAGAUUGUAGGAGAAAGACACGCGGUACGCCCGUGCUCGCGUUGAAUGGCAAUUAAUAUGUGUUCAUGUGUGUUGUUUCGCAUAAGCAGGUGGUCAUGCAGUGUCAUGCAGGCUGCGCAUUGAUUUGCUGCGUGCGUUGGGUCUUUUUUGACAUCGUUGUUAUUCGUUUACGGUUUUUGAUUUGGGUUGUGGCGGUCCUUGAGGAGAUGGACGGUGGAAGCAGAGCAGUUUCAGGGCAGGUGCUUGCAUUGAGGGAGCAUGCGCAAUGCAUGAUGGAACUGACGUGUGCAGAGAUGCCCACUGUGACUGUGAGCAAACAGCAAGCUCCGCUCACGUGCAAAUCUACCAGUUGAUGGCGCGCAGGCGUUAGACUUGGGCUCCUGCAGAAGUGUGGACAGGAAUCUGGAUUUUAUAAAAAUAGGCCCUGUGAGAGGAACACGUGCUACAUGCGAUAACAGGCCAGAGACAUGGGAGGGUGACGCGCAGCCAUUGAGAUGUACGCAACCGUACAUGGCUGGCUGCAAUCACACACUGCCGGCGCGGGAAGACAUGAACACGUGUGGAGCUCUACCUAGAUAUGUGGAAGUUUCCUGCGUUGUGGUGGUUAGCCUAGGUGCGGUUUGUAUGUCCUUAAAUGUGGUGCCGUAAGCUAAUGCUGCUUUUGGGAAGUACCCUAUGAUUGUGAUGCUGGACCUAGCACUCCAGCGGACACGCUUGAUUUGCGACUGCAUGAGGCAUGACAGGAUAAGUGCAGCAGGAGCUGAAGGCGCGGCUGUCUUCAAUAAUGAUGCCAGCUACUGGACGGUGGCCGCUCCGUGCGGGUGGGGCGCUGCGCGUGGACGAGGGGGGUGCCUGAGGGCUGUUAACUCCGAGACCAGGAGAGAUGACAAGGCCGCGGUGUCUGUAACACUGAGAUUGCACGGAACUCUGCCCCUUGUGCUUGCGACCUUGUGUGGUAGGUGCGGCCGUGCGGGUUAGUCAGGCUGUGUAUGCGGCCAUGUGUGAUGCGUUUGCACAUCAACACAUGCCAAGUUAAUGAAUGCGGAUGUUACAGAGGGGGCAGUCCCAGCACCAAGUUAAUCAAGUGCUGCUCGUGCCUCACGUGUCAAUCCAAACAUAAUGCAUGGUGAUUGCGCAACGCGGCUGGCCACAUGGCUGGUUGCCGCUACGUACAGGUUCCUAGAUUGUUGUUUUGUGGCAAUGUGGCAGCAAGCCAUGCGGGACUCUGCCUCACACCAGGGGAGGCAGCGGACACGUGGGCAGGCCAGCCCGGAGGCUUGCCGGCUUGGCAGGAGGGCCACGAGCCCACGACUCGAGGUGAGGGUGCGGACUGCUGAGGACAUCUGGACAAAAGCUUACUUCAGGUCUUCAGGGCGUCCCAACCUCCCAGCAAGGCUGGGUGGCAGUGCUCGUAUCUUCCAUCUACACAGUAGA